ACACAUCGAGAUAUUUCAACCUAAUUGUUGUAACAUUGGAAUUUAAAAUAGGUUCACUUUUGAUAGUUUCGCUAUUUUUCUGUUCAUUUUUAUCUUAUCGUCAAUUAAUUAUUCAUCAUUUAUUUACCUACACAAAACAGCGAAGUACUACGUAUAUUCUCGUCACAAAAUUCUUCAUUCUGUCAAAAUGAACGGUUCAGAAUGGUGUGUUCGUUUUCCGCUGCAAAAAAAUUUCAAUUUCGUGUUCGGGCUAGAAUCUAACCUCGAAAUCCAAGAUGUGAAAAUUGAAUUGGAUAACAUGAAAAGUAUCGAAGGUUACCAGUCAGAUAUACAAAUCGGUCGUUCGAAGUAUAAAUAUCGAAAUGGAAACCAGAAGUAUUCGCGAUCGGUUGUUAUAAAAAAUUAUCCAGCUUCAUUUCCAAAACCUGCUUUUACUGAGAUAACAUUUUCCAACGAGAUUUUCGUUUUCAACAAAGUGAUACCGUUUUUCAAAACGAUGGAUGAUUCUAUUUCCAACUUAUUCCCCGAAUUCUAUUGCGGUUGCUUGGACUUCAGCGAGAAGGAGGAAGGAUGCAUAAUAAUGGAGAACUUACAAGAAAAUCAUUACCGUUUGACGAAUUCGAAGGUAUUUUUAGAUAUUGAACAUUUGAUGCUAUCGAUGAAGAAAAUAGGCGAAUUUCACGCUUAUUCUUACCAAGCUAAACAGCAACGCUCAAAAGAAUUUUACUCACUGGUAGAUGGUUUAGUAGAUACGCAUUACGUUAUAACAAACGUCAUCAUAGGAUUCCUUCCUCCAAUUAUCGAAUAUUUUUUGGACGUUUUAUCUGCCGAAUCAAAAUACUACAAUGAAAAAGUACAUGAAAUUCGUCUACUUGUAGGAGACGUCGAGAAAUUUAUAGCGACAAUUUUCACCACUAGAACGGAACCGACAGCAGUGCUGUGUCAUGGAGAUUUCCUGCGGAAUAAUUUGAUGUUCAAAUACGACGAGGAAGAUGUCCCAGUUCAUGUCAAGUUCAUCGAUUUGGGUAACAUGAGGUACUGCUCUCCGGUCACAGAUUUAGGAUUGAUUUUAUACAUGAAUGCCGAUCAAACUACUAGAGAAGAAUAUUGGGAUGCGUUGAUCGAUGCGUAUUACGAUUCGAUGAAAAAUACAUUCCCCAAAAAUGACUCGAUUCCAUCGAAAGAUGAGAUUCUGCUAGAAUUUAAACAUAACGUUUUGGCGCCGUGUUUAUUACUCUCCUCGUUUCUACCUUAUAUGAUGGCUAUUGAGGAGCACAACAGAUCGCUCAGCACAGUGGAUGAAUUCUCGCAGGAAUAUGAAGACUAUAAAGAUACAUCCUUUUUUUCGUCAUCAACUGAUGUAAUUGUGAAUAACACUAUUAAACUUUUUCGACCUCACAGAACGGAAAGAGUUUUACAAAUUUUACGGGAUGUUAUAAACAGAGGGUUUAUUUAAUACUUACAAGUAAGUUCUUGUAACUAUAAGUAGGUAUGUAGAUGUACCAGUACCUACUACUUAUUUUAUAUGUAAUUAUACUUCACAUUUUUUUUUUUUUUUUUUGCAAAUGUGAUAUCGCUAAAUUUUGUUACAAAAUAUGCUUAAUUUUAAUUCAUCAUCAAUAUAGGUACUUCUCAAACAUAGUCAACCACUCAACCAGUUAGGUAGGUACAUAUUUUACGUUUACUGUGUAUACCUUUAAUGGUCUAAGUCAGUCGACGUGGAAUCUCAAAUACUAUCUUUUGGGAUACUUAGGGCCACUUACCCCAAAACAAGGGCGUACAAUUUCUCUUUUGAUGAUAACAUUGUUAUUGUCACACUCUCUUGAGAUCUAGAAUGCCAUGUGACCUCACUGUAUCGUCCAGAGUUUUGUCUGAAUAAUUGUGCCACAACUUCUGUUCUCUCAUCGCUUUCAAACUACCAUUUCAAUAAAUUAAUUGAAAAAUUGUCAGUAACAGUAACUUUAACUCAAAAUAAAGGUCUCCACUAAGCUUGUUCAGAAUUGUACGAGAUUUUUUCCCGUAAUCCACAAGUGAAAAAAGAAUUUUUAAAAGCCAAAAUAAUCCCCAAAAAAGUGUAAAUAAUAUAAUAUAAAUUUUCAAAAAUUGUGAUUGAGUGGUUGCAAUUUGAAGAAGUUUCAAUUUUCAGAAAAAGUGUAUCUACCAGCUGUAUUUCUAGGGUCUCAACAUUUUUUCAAAAAAAAAAAAAAAAAAUAGGCAGUUACAAUCCUGAAAAUAUUUUAUUGACCAUAUACAUUUAUUUUAACGAGCAUUCAUCUUUCCGCUCAUUUUCGGCGCGUUUGAAAGAAGUGUUUUUUUUUUUCAAAAUAUUUGAGGCCUGAAAAUACAUACUUUUUUUUCAAAAUUGGACCUCAAACGAGACUGUGGCAGAAAUACGACCACGAAAUGAAUUUUUCUAAAGUAAUGCCUCCGUGUUCGAUUUUUCGUCGUCUUAUACAAAUUUUUUGAGCAACACAUUAUAGAAAAUUCAAGCUCCUAUGACCCUAAUUUUUCAAGUUGUAUAACUGAAAUUCUUUACAACAUUCCUCAUAAGUUAGGUACCUACCUAGUAAAAAAUGAGCGCGAAAUUGGUGACUUUUCUGGUUUUUUCAAAAAUAAUUUUAUUAAAGCAUUUCAAUACAAAUGUAGGUAAUCCUCAAAGCAUGUUUUUAAAAAUUUUUCUCUAUGAAAGAAAAGUUGCUAAUUCGUUUUUUUUUCAAGAUUUCAAUUUUUCCCAUCAUGUAACCCUAAGAAAUAAGAACAGAAUUCUUCUUCUCUCCCCCUCUCUCCUACUCACAAGGGAGGUGCCCCAGGUGACAAGCACCGAUUUCAACGAUUCUUGCAUCAUUGGAUAGAGGACAUCGAACAUAGUCUAACCCAAAUUUUCAGCUGCUGAAGUUGAUAUUUCUGCCUUCCAGGGUGAUUUUUCGAUUUUCACAUUGCAAUUUUGAAAAAAUCGAAAAAUCGCCCUGGAAUGCUGAAAUAUCAACUUCAGCAGCUGAAAAUUUCACUAUGGGCUACAUGGGCUAGUCUCAUCAUAUGUAUUGAAAUGCCCAAAUAAUAUGAGAGGUUUCGGUAUGCGACCUCCGCCGACUAUUUUUGGCCAAUUUUUCAAAAUUGCUAUGUAAAAAUCGAAAAAUUGCUCUGAAAAAUCGAAAUAUCAACUUCAGCAGCUGAAAAUUGUAUGGUAGACUAUGUUCGAUGUCCUCUAUCCAAUGGUGCAAGAAUCAUUGAAAUCGGUGCUUGUCACCUGGGGCACCUCCCUUCUCAGUACACAGACCCCCAUUGAUCAGAUUUCAAAAGUGAAACAUGGUGCAUUCCGUGGUUAUAUUUACCUCCAUAUUGUCUUAAAGAAACGAGUCGAUCAAACGCCAGUCGAAGUCAACGACGAGCAACACAUUCAACACAAAAAUAUAUACAGAGCUCUCAAGCUAUAGAGUUACGUACAUUUACAGGAGAAAAUUUUUGCACGAUAGAACGUUUGAAAUCUUGCAGUUUCGUACGACAUCUGUCGCGUUUUUGGUCGCAUGCAAAGAGAUACGGGUCUUCUCUCUCUGUAAACGAUACAAUCUCUGCUAAAUGUAGUUUAUUCACGGUCUAUGAAUUCAACUUUUGUACGACGUAAUAUACUCUUUGUAUUUGCGGUAUAGUUUAGUUUACAAUCUCAUUAAGUGGAAACUUGGUUAAGGGAUACUCGUGUAUAAUAAAUGGUGCAUUACGCGCA